AUGCCUCUGUGGGAGGAUGGCAAGGCAGUGGCUACAGAGGCCGGAGACCAGCUCGGGCUCUGCCGCGUGGCCGGCGCCGGCCUCGAUGGCCGUCCCCUGCUCGGCACGAUCGUCCUCGAAGGCCCCGACAUGGGUAUUUGCCACGUGGUCACUCCGUCGGGCGAAGCCAAGGAGCUGGCGGGUGGCCUCUUUCACAUUCUUCAGGCACGGCCGAUUGGCUUGGCACCAAAGUGUGCUGAGGGGGCAGUUCCUGACGACCUGCUGUGGCGGGUGGAGCGGUUCUUGACCGCUUCGGAUCGCGCGCUCAUCGCGCGCGUGGUGCAAGACGCGGGCACGGCUGAAGGCGACGUUUUCGCACAGCUCGUCGAGGGCCUGCGCAGCAUGGACAGCUGCGAGCUGGGAGAGGUUCUCUCUGCAUCGCGCUUCGUGCCGCACCCACUGAAUGCGCUCGGACUCCACUUGCUGCGCAGCUUGCUGGCCGAGCGCAUGGCGGACGCGCGAGCUGCGGAGAGAGGCUUCGACAAGCAUCCGGACUAUGACACCUGGUCGCGCCAGGGCCUGCUACUCAAGGACUUGGACGAUCCAAAGCUGGGAGGAGAGAAGGGUGUGCAGCAGUUGCUUCGCAUGGCCUCCGGCGAGGAGUCCGAGGGAAUACCCGAGUUGCCUCUUCGGUGGCAGGCGCGGAAUGUCACUGUCCAGGAGAAUCCUGACCAGCAGAGCCAGCUGCACAUCGACACCUUCGCGCCGAUUGUAAAGGUCUGGGUCUUCCAAAACCCCCCCGGCGUGAGCGUGGACGAGGGGCCGCUGCUGUUUGCGCGGCGAAGCCACCGGAACUCGGAGGCCAAGCUGCGAUGGAUGCACGCCUACGCGCAGGAGCCGGCGAGCGAGGCACGGGCAGAGCCCUCUUUUCGCCUUCGCGGCUGCGCAGCAGCUCGCGAAGCCGCGCCUGACUUUAUUGAGGCCGUGCAAGGCCACGCGAUGCUGGAGGCAGCGGCUGCCGCACUGCCCGUGCUCCCGUUGCCUGGGGUGCGCCGCACGCUGGUUCUGGCGGACACCAGCGCGCUUCAUGCUCGAGGUAGCGGCGUGCCAGGGCGAGUUCGAUCCUCCUGGCGUCUGGCCGGCGAUAGCGACGGUGGCCUAAAGCGGCUAAACCCCUACCGCUGGAAGGAGGCCAAGCAUGAGCUCUGA